GAGGCUCGAGAGUGCUCCAGCCAGGCAGACGCCAGCAGAGUUAGAGGAGCGGGACUCAGCGCUGUGAGCCCACUCAGACAUCUGCUCUGUAUUCCGCCGGCAGGCUGAACGCUGCACGCGCUUUUGUGUCUCCAGAUAAGCAGAGAAGCGGGAGCCCGGAGACACCGAGCAGCGCCGCGAGGCUGGCGUCAACUUAGAAACAAACACACAAAAAAGAAAAGGAUACGGUGGACUAAUUAACCGUGAUUAACAGCUGGGUAACAAGAAGCGUACUGUGGCCAGUGAGUCCCGCGGAGCCCGAGUGCCAGACAGACAUUCCGCUGUACGGCGCCGUUACCUGAGCGGACUCUCAGUGAGGGAUGUCCCGGAGCUGCGUGUUCGGGACAUGACCAUCCCGGAGUGUUAGAGGCCAGCGCCAGGACUUCCCAUUAAGCUGUCAGCCGAACCCUGACCUGCUGCUGUGACACUCUGUGACAGCGGCGUGGUGGAGGUUAGAAACUUGCAGAUGUUACUCUGUGGGUAGGUGCAACUGGUCUGCGUGUGGAAUGUGGUUAACAGUCAUUACUGUUCCCCGCGACAAGUAAGUUGUUGUUUUGUUUUUUUUUUGUGCACGUCUGCAAAUAGUGCAGCCAGGAUAUGUCUCCUCUGGCUGCUGUGAAGACUGUCAUCGCUGUUUGACGGCUUCUCGUCACCCUGUCACUGUGACUGCAUUUGACACUGAGUUUGCUCCUGAGGAGCCGCCGUCCCGUUCAUGUGCUGUUCCCAUUAUUCCGUCCAGUAGCUGCAGCUCUGCUGCAGCAUAUCUGCGCUCAGUGUGUGUAUCAGUGUGGGUUAUUCUCAGUGCUGCUAUGCAGACUGACUGGAGCCACGCUCAGACAGCUCAACUGUAACCCCGAUUGUGAGGCGCAGGCCUGGACUGCUCACACCAACAGAAACCUCUACAGUCUAGCAGUCUGCUAGUAUGCUGUGUUCCACAGUUGGCAUCUGAAAGUUUGUUAGGGAAGGGUUUUUUGUUUGUUUUGUUUUGUUUUUUGGCCAGUGUUUAGAUUUUGUGUCACUGAACAAAAAACUCCGAUUAAGUUACGUGUACUUUCUGAGUUUCACUUGAACCAGGACCAAAAGUGUUUCAAUGUCCCCUUUGACUUCUGCACAGCAGUGGAAACCAUUUUUCCAGCAGGUGAAGUUUAGAAAAGAUGACAUUCAAAAUCUUUGUGGAAUUGAAUCAUUUUUUCCGACAGUUUUGAAGGCUGAACUGAGUUCAGUUUCAUUUGCUUUUGUGUAGUUGAAAGUAGAUUUGUUGUCCAGAGGAAUUUCACUUCAGUUUUUUUAGGCACAGUAAUCGUUGGAAAAUGAAGAACCUUCAUCCACUGAAUAAUACCUGGAAUAGAUCUGCCAAUAAAGACCCAGUACAGAUCACUGUGCCAAGCACUAAUAAGAAGCUCAAGAGAAAGUCCCGGGAGCCUAAAAGGCUUUUCAGUGAACCUGAGCCUGAAAGGAUGAAAACCUACCCAGGGGACAUGUCUGAUGUGGACUCUGUCGAUGACAUCCAGACUGAGGCAGGUCAUGUCAGGUUGGGUCCACUACAGAGGCAGCUGAUGAUGUCACAGGAGGCGAUGGCCAGUUCUACAGGGAUUCUCUUGGGAUUACCAGAAGGCAACAUGACUCCAGCUCAGAGUGGUGCCAUAGACAUGAGAAUUGGCAUUAACGUGCCUGCCAUCACUACCAAACUGUCCCAGUUACCUGCCUCUCCUUUCUCUAACUUGGAGAUCUCACACUGGCCCACAGCCAUCUCCCAGCCUCUGUCCAACAGACUCAAACUGGGCCUUGGCUCCACUUUCCCUCUGUCGGCAUCAAUCACCAGCAGCCACGGGCACUCACCGAGCCACCAGGCUUUUUCCCUGGAGCCCUCUCUGUCAAGCCAGACUGCAACUCUGCCUGUCCCCAGGACCUCCCAGACCGCCCAGGGUCAGGAGCAUGCGGAGCCCCGGGUCCAGUCACCGAAGGAGUCCCCUAGAAAGCGGGUCGGCAUGAGUGACGAUGGACCUGGGCGUCUUCCAGAGCUUAAAGCCAUCCAGCAGACCAGGAGGCUGCUAGCCAAUGCCCGGGAGAGGACCCGUGUCCAUACCAUCAGUGCUGCGUUUGAGGCCCUAAGGAAGCAGGUGCCAUGUUACUCCUAUGGGCAGAAGCUUUCCAAGCUGGCAAUACUGCGUAUAGCCUGCAACUACAUCCUGUCUCUGGCUCAGCUGGCAGACGUGGACUACAGUUCAGAGCACAGCCUGAGCUUCUCUCAGUGCGUGGAGCAGUGUACCAGGACCCUGCAGGCUGAGGGACGGAGCAAGAAGAGGAAGGAGUGAAGCUGAUAGCAGUGGAUCCUCUGGCAAAACUAUAGGCACUGGGAGCGCAGAUGACAAUGAUGAGGAUCCUUGAAAUGUUGCGGAAAUGGAUGAAAUGAAUGGAGGAGUGGAGAGGAUGGUUUAUAUAUUUUUUUUUAUGAAUUGCUCUCGCCACCCAUUGGCUGAUGAACUAACAUAAAUACUUAUUUGACAAGGAAUUGUGAAAUUUCUGUUUGUAUGAACAACAACUAACUGAAAGACUCACCACUGGCAAUCCCUCAGCAAUUAUCCCACUCAGUUAUGCAUCAAACUACACACACUACUUUGUUCCAGUUCUGUGUUUUCCAUUGUUGACUUACCAAUAACAUGAUUAGCUAUGUAUCUCACUUUAGAGCUGGCAAAAUCGUGAGCAUGAAGCUUGUCUGGCUGGAGGUGUGUGCGUCUAUGUUAAUACCUGGCAUUAACAUGCAUCUCGGGUGAACGAAUAACAAGCGGACAGCUUUGGGUACAGGUUAGAAUGCACCCAAAAUGCAUAGAGGACACAAGGUCUGUAGUUUUCAAGCUUCCCAUUCAGAAAGCCGUGCAGUGCAUACUGGUGGCGGCACAUUGUGUUUUGAGAGAUGGUGCGUUGUCUGCUCCUCAUUUGCGUAAUGUUGAAAUCUGGCUACUUAAUGUAAAUCAGUGGUGCCUGGCAUGCCACGCUGCUCCUGGAAACUACGGAACAACUGUCCAAACUAAAAGGCAUCAUAUUAGUGUAGAACAAGAAGAGGAAGCCAACAACAGGCUAAAAGUGAUACUCAUGGAUAGAGAUGAAUUCUGAUGUCCUCUGGCGGCUCGGCGCCAACUCCCUGUGAUUUAUAGAUUGCCUAAUUUGAUAUAAAUGUAAUCGCUACCUGUUACGAACACAAACAGCUGUAAGAUGGUCCGGCUGGUUAUGGUUCAGAUAGACAUGCAUGUCAGACAUGCACCCAAAUCUUUGAAUAAACUUAUAAAGCUGUGUUUUUGUAUAAUAAUCAGUGAGGCCCAUCCCUCAGAAACACUCUAAUCUAGUGUUUUUUUGUUGUUUUUUUUUCCAAUUUCUUGUCAAGGUGCAUGUUAAACCCAAGUGUAAACGGGGCAUAAACAGCUCUGGCUGUCAGUUCAAUGAGGAUCAAACAUUUGAAGUCAGACUGCAGACAUUCAGAACAGUCCCUGUACUUCAAGCAGCUCAUUCAUUCAGCAGUUUUAAAAUUAGAAGUUUGUUUUAGUUUUUUGUAUAUGCCUGUUGUAUUUUGGAAUAUUGAUAUUCAAUACAAAUAAACGACUUAAAAAAUGA